CUACAGUAAUGUCUUCAGCUGAUUCGAACGCCAAAGCUCACGCCCUAGUGUAUCAAUUUUUACAAUUGAACGGUUAUACAAAGACUGCAGAGCUGUUUGAAAAGGAAUCUCACAGCGUAGCCUAUGUAGAUUCACACAUUUUGAAGACAACUCCAGAUGUUCCUUUAUCACAACUGAUCCAGGAACACGAGCUCAAUGCAGUGGUUGGAGCAAUGAAAAAUACAGAUAUUCACAAAAACCAUUGGGAGAAAGAUUUGGUUGAAGGUGAUGGAUCACACCCGACAAUUCUCGAAAAUACACUAAAAGGCGUUCAUGAAGGAAAUAUUCUCUAUGUUUCCAUUCAUAAUUUGGGAUCCAUGAAGAUUAUUGUUACUGCAUCUGGAGACAAAUCUGUUAAAUUUACUGAUUUGGCUACCGGCGACAUUAUCAAAUGCUUCAACCAUCAUCGUGCAGGUGUUCUCAGUGUUGACUUUCACCCUCAGAAGCCAAAUUGGAUGCUGACAACCUCUAUGGAUCUACAAACAGUCAUAUCUGACACUGAGACGGAAGCUGUCAUUCAGAGAUUCACCGAUCAUACCAAGUUUGUAGUCCGUGGCAUCUUUUCGCCAGAUGGACAGUGGAUGGCCACUGCAUCGUAUGAUCGAUCGCUAUGUAUCUACACGUGGAACGAGCAAUCUGGUUAUCAGCUUACCAAAAAGUUUGGUCCCCUGGUCGGCAACGUUGAAGCUAUUUGCUUCCUGCCCGAUUCCUCGGUUCUUGUAGCAGGUGUUCGGGAUGAUAACUACCUUCAUUAUAUCUCUCUCAAAGACUUCACAGACACCCGAUAUAACAUGAACUCCAACGGCGACGACUGGGUCUCUUUUACUCCCAUGUGGAUUUCCGUCAGUCCCAAUGGAAAAUACGUGCUGGUUUCAACAGAUGAUAGUAACGGACGAGUCAUUCUUUUCGGCGUUCACAGCUCGGUUCAGUUACGUAACUUCUAUGGAUCGGCCACAGACAGUCUCAGUGCGGCACCACGACAUUGCUGGGACUCUAGUGGAAAGUACGUUUAUAUCGCUGGUGGCAAUGAUUGUCGUAUUAGGGUCAUUGAGGUUAAGACCGCAACUGUUUCAUACGAACUCUCUGGACACACUGCUAUGAUUCGAUCUCUAGCUUUUGAUCCGGUUACUGGCCUUGCGAGUGCCGGCUUCGACAGAACGGUACGCUUGUGGCGCUCAGAAGACACCACCAUGCGAUAAGAUUUUUUUUUUCUUGUUAAUAUACAGCUUUAAUUGUUUUUGGAAAAGAAGUAAUAAACUUCUGUUGAGGAUCACGUUCUACUACACUAAA